UCUUUUUUGUUAUUCUCUUCUUUCCUUUCGAUUUUUGUACGUGUCUGGCGUGUUUGUCAGAUUUUGCGAAUAAUUUUGGUUUUAGCGUUGUUAGUACGAUAAUUAGACAACGAAAAUGUACGGCGGUGAAGAGUUUGCCAAUACGGACUAUUACGAUGACUAUCCGCAUACCGGUGAUCCACAAUUGGACUUGGAGUAUGAGCGUAACUACUACGCCAAUCGCAUGCCGGAGAAUGUGAAGUAUUUUUUGAUCAACUUCUGCCAGGCCAUCAAGGAGGGAAAUCUGUAUGACAUACAGAAUAUGUAUGAGAACACAUUCCCGCAGAUAAGCGAUCAUCAUUUCGAUAAGACCGCCUGGCCGGAUGAGCAAGAAGUGGGCGCCAUCGUAGAUAAUGACAAGGUGUUUUUAAUACUGUACAAGGAGCUCUAUUAUCGUCAUAUACAUGCACGCAUACCAGGUGGUCCCAAGCUAGAGCAGCGCAUUAACUCAUUCUUCAACUAUUGCGACUUCUUCAAUCUAAUAAUAUCGGCGCAGAAUCCGGUAAUGCUCGAGUUGCCCGACAUUUGGCUGUGGGAAUUGGUUGAUGAGUUUGUUUAUCAGUUCCAGAACUUUGCGCAAUAUCGCGCCCGCUUGACCGACAAGUCGCAGGAUGAGAUUCAGCAACUGUGCGUGAAUCAUAGCAACGUAUGGAGUAUACUUUGCAUACUCAAUGUUCUGCACUCGCUGGUUGAUAUCUCCAAUAUCAAAAAGCAGCUUGAGGCCAUUUCCCAGGGCAUUGAUCCGCAGACGGUAGCUGGAGAUUUUGGCAAGCUGGGCUUUUACAAAAUGUUGGGCUACUUCUCUUUGGUAGGACUGCUGCGCGUGCACUCGUUGCUGGGUGAUUACUAUCAGGCCAUCAAAGUUCUGGAGCCCAUUGAGAUACACAAGAAGUCGGCCUAUUCGCAUAUACCCGCCUGUCAGAUAUCCACUUCAUACUAUGUGGGCUUUGCCUAUAUGAUGAUGCGUCGCUAUGCAGAUGCCAUUCGUACUUUCUCGGACAUUUUGCUCUACAUACAGCGCACUAAGCAGCUGUAUAGCACACGCUCGUAUCAGAACGAUCAGAUUAACAAGCAGGCGGAGCAAAUGUAUCAUCUCUUGGCCAUCUGUCUGGUGCUGCAUCCUCAAUGCAUUGACGAGUCCAUACAGCAGGUUCUGCGUGAAAAGAACUAUCAUGAUGCCAUGUUUAAAAUGCAAUGCGGUGAUUUGGAUGUAUUCAAGUCAUUCUUUGUGUUUGCGUGCCCACGCUUUGUGAGUCCCUGCCCACCAGCAGCCGAUGCUCCUCUGGAGGAUUAUGUAAAGGAUCCCAUGGAGCAUCAACUAUUGGUAUUUAUGGAUGAGGUGCGUCAGCAAAAGGAUUUACCAACCACGCGCUCGUAUUUGAAGUUGUAUACAACGCUGCCGUUGACAAAGCUGGCCAGUUUCAUAGAUCCCAAUGCUAGUGAGGAUGAUGUAUCCAAACUGUUGAUUCGUUUGCUCUGCUUCAAACACAAAAUGCGUAAUCUGGUGUGGAGCAAGGGUGCCAGUGGACUAGAAGGCAGUUUCAAGUCAGGCUCAGAGCUUGACUUCUAUAUUGACGACGACAUGAUACACAUUGCUGAUACUAAAGUUUCGCAUCGUUAUGGUGACUUCUUUGUGCGUAAAAUAAUGAAAUUCAACGAUUUGAAUCGCAAACUCAAGAACAUCAAUAUUUAGAAGUUAAAGUUGUAAAUCCUAUUCACACCCCAACAUGAUCUAUUUAAUAUUCCAAUCGAAACCCUUUUGUUUAAUUGCCAAUAAAAACAUGCUGUGUUUGCAGCUAAAAGGGAAA